ACAAUGGAAAAACAAAUGUGUGUUGUCAAAGUAAAUUUUGUUUAUGGUUGACCCAGGAACCAGUUGGGACUGUUUGCAUUUACUGAGUUAGUAGAUCUAUCUACAGAAUAUGUUUGUGCUCCAUGGAAUUGUUCAAAGAUGAUCUGACCAGGUACCUGGUGUAUUGAUUCAUUAUGGAGGAACCAAUGACACUUCAAAGGGAAUACAAAAGUAGACUGGUUGGUUGAAUUAUGUAAUGGAAUCAGGAUAGUUUGAACAUUAAGAAUGAAUGUGCCAAAUGUAAAAUGAAAUUUCAUUCUGUGCAUGGAAAAUUUAUAACUCUUUCGGAGAGUAAAACAGUUGGCACGAGAUCUGACACAGCCUACUGUCAUGGAAUAGUGUUCAGUGACCAACCUCUGAAGGUCACCCAAAAGGUGUCAUUUGAGGUCAAAACUACAGAUGCUUGGAGUGGGGGAAUCAGAAUUGGGGUGACUUCUUUUGACCCUGGAAAGCUGUCAAGUUCAGACCUACCCAAGUAUGCCAUUCCAAGUUUGUCCAAGAGAGAGGGAUUUUGGAUGUGUCCAAUAAGUGAAGGAAUAAUCUCGUCAGGCAGCCGGGUCACUGUGUACAUAAACAACAGGGGUCAGCUGCAGUUUUUUGUCAACAGUCUCUACAAAGGAGCGUGUCUCAGAGGACUUCCUAUCGGAAAGCCUCUAUGGCUGUGCCUUGAUCUUUACGGAAACACCAAAAGUGCCAAGUUCAUUAAAGCAGAUGAGGCUCCUAAGGAGAUUCUGGCUCGUGGACCAGAAGCAGUGCAUGCUUACGAGGAGGCGUGCAUAUCUGGUAAACAACCAGUAUACAGAACCAGAUUAAUGCUGGUGGGCCAGGAUCGGGUGGGCAAAACCAGUCUGAAGAGGGCCUUAACCAGACAAAAACAUAACAAAGAUGAGGAAGGAACUGUUGGAAUAGAUUUAUCCAAUUCCUGUUCCUUCAGCAAUCUCCAUGAUAAAUGGCAGAUGGCUAUACAGAGCGAAUAUGAAAAAGAGGCUGAGACCCAAGAAGAUCAGAAACAACUAGGAUUUUUGGGGGGUGUGGCGGGCUUGGAGGAAGAGUAUCACAAAGCAUUGGCAGAGAAUAUUGUCAAGGAAUUAAAUCAGCCAAAAUUUAGAAAAGAGUCCUCAAUCAGGGGACGGGCACCAAGCAGGGACAGUUCCAAGUCUGCAAAAAGGUCAUAUGAUUUGGAGAGUUUAAAGUCUAGUUCAUCUGUGCAUGGUAUGAUAGCUCACAUACCAGAGAAAUUGUCCCACAUUCCACCAGAAGUGUUUGUUGAUGUACCCGAGCGAGUGGUACAACUUGUACAGGAGAUGCUAGACCAGAACCGGGAACCAACUACCUCAAAGAACCAGCCAAAACUUUCCAAAUCUUCAUCAUUCAGAAGACAACUCAGUGCUGCAAAGCCACCGGCACCAGAAGUAACACCAACCACUUCACAGGAGCCAGACAAAAGGAGCAUAGAGAAAAAAGUGGUACUGAAUAUCUGGGAUUUCUCUGGGCAGUCUAUCUACUAUACAACUCACCAGGUGUUUCUGUCCCCCCGUGCUGUGUAUGUGAUUGUAUUCAAUUUGUGCCAUGAUUUACACUCCACGAGACCACAGAGCUCCUCCAUGGAGGAAUGGAGCACGGUGGAGUAUGUGGACUACUGGCUGAGGACUAUAUAUAGCCACACCUCCCAGAACAACACGAGCUCUGUCAGUAACAACCGCUUAUCUCCCCCUAUCUUAGUGGUGGGGACACACAGGAACAGCCUGUCAUCGGAUGAAGUGGAACAGAAGAGAUUGGUUGAGGAGAAAUUCGAUGAGUUGCGGACAUUUAUGAUGGACAAACCGUACACGAGACAUCUGAUUACUCCAUUUAUAGCCAUUGAAAAUGACAUGGUGGAGGGAGAGGAUGCCCAGAUUGGGGAGCUAAGGAAACUGAUAAAAGAGGCUGCCAGUGAAGAGCCUUACAUGGGAGAACAGAUGCCUAUUUGUUGGCUGAAGUUUGAACAGGAGAUUGCUAAACUUGUCGCCAAAGACACCACGCAUGCUUCUCAUGAUCAGAUUCAAGAGCUUGCCAGAAAUGUAGGCAUCACCGAUGAGAAUGAGAUUAAAAUCAUGGUGAAUUUCUACCAUGACCUUGGAUUGCUGAUACAUUAUGGGAGUUCUGGGACCAUUGACAACGUUCUGAGAAAUACUGUGGUUCUCCAGCCCCAUUGGCUGGUCAACAUGUUCCGAGCUGUAGUACUGGCCAGGCCCAAAAGUGAAAAGUGGAGUUUUAGUAAAGACAAAUGGAAAACCUUUGAGCAGAAGGGGAUUCUGGAGGAUUCAUUAGUGGAUGACAUCUGGAAGAAAGCGAACAUGCAAAAGACAGUUCUCUUGGGUUUGAUGGAGAAAUUUGAUCUUCUCUGUCCUGCUCACACACAGGCCAAUCAGAGACCUAAGUAUUAUUUUGUGCCAUCGAGAGUGACCAGUGAGAAUGACUCGGAUAAACGUUUAUAUGGUGACAAUGGAAGUAACGCAGUCUUCUACAUCAACUUCGCUGGAUUUCUGCCUGACGGACUGUUUUAUAGAAUUGUUACACGAACAACAAAAUGGUGCAUUGAGGGCAGUGGGAAGGAGCCCUACAGCUUGUUGAAAACUCAAGCAAGAUUUUUCUUGGAUGAUGAGCAUGACUUUGUGAUAGAAAUGGCUCCUCGAAAAUUUCACAGGAUAAAGAUGGUUGUGAUUAGAGUCAGUGAUUGUUCGGAAACAAACGAUGAUGAAACUGCCAAUAUGUCUCCCAAACCAAACGCUUGUGCCAAAUUAAGAAAUUUCCUAGAGAGUAGUCUGUUGGAACUGAAGGAGUCGUGGAUGAGACGACUGUCUUACUUCACUUGUGUGGAAUGUCCUUGUGGGCGGCCAUGUUAUCUCCAUGGUGAUGACAUGUGCAAGGAGGAGGGAUGUUUGCAUUUCUUAGAUUUAGAUGAAUGCUUGGCAAACAGGAUUGUAUGUUGUGAGCACAGACGAGUGAAAACUACAUCUAUUAAGCAAUGGUUUCCUGAAACUCACUCUCCAGUUUUUGAAGGUCAGAUCUUGCCUGCCAUUGACCUUGAGGAAUCUUAUGGAAACAUUGAAAAACUUGGCACCUCAUUGCCUGUGUGGGUCAAAGGUGCCGCAAAGCUACUCAAUGCAGGGGAGGAGAACCAGGACUGGCUGGCUCUGGCUAAAUACAUGGGUUACAAGGAGUCUCAGAUAGAGAAAUUUCUGGAUGACCUUAACCCUGGUCUGGCCUUAUUAACAGACUGGAUCAUCACCAGUGGUAACACGUCUCUCUCUGUGGACAUGCUGAUCACCUUCCUGGAGAAGAUGAACAGGGACGACGUGGUGGAGAUCAUUGAGAAAGCGAAUGACACCAACAAGGAUCCACCCCAGCUUUUCAUUAGUUACCAGUGGGACUCGCAGGACGACGUGAAGGCCCUCAGGGACAAGAUGGAGAAGAGUGGCUUUUCUUGUUGGAUGGACAUUGGUCAGAUGGGAGGUGGGGAUUUUCUGAGUGCCAAAAUUGACCAGGGAAUUCGCAACUGUAAGGUGGUCCUUGCAUGUAUUACGCCAAAAUAUGUGGUUUCUCACCACUGUAACAGAGAGCUAAGUCUUGCUGACCUGCUGAACAAAACCAUCAUCCCCAUCAUGUUUGAGGAGGUACCCUGGCCUCCCCCGGGAGGAAUGUCCCUCAUUUUCUCACAGCUCAUCUACAUAAACAUGAAAGGAGUUGGUGGACACGGAGGUACAGGUAUCCAUGCCGACAUCAAAGACAAAUACAAGGAGAUAGUCCAGAAACUGAUGAACUACAUUGUUCCGGACUUGACCAAGUAUUUUGACACCGAGACUUUAAUCAGCAAACAGUUUUCAAAUGACCACAUCAGUGUAGACAGUGAGCCCUACUCCACGCCGGUCGUGAUACCCGAGUCUACUGUGAAUUAUCGAGGCAACCCUGACACACGACAGCACAAUCUGCCGAGUUUUUCACGGCAGGAUGACUACGUUCCCCCACCCCCUCAUUAUCGGGCCCGGGAACAAGCUCAUGUGAACCAGUCUUGUUUGUGUAAUAUUUUAUGAUAAAACGACAAAAGAAUAUGUUGAAUAGAUUUAUUUUGUAUAUGAAUUGUACAUAGCAGAGAAUACACAACAGCUAUGUGUUCUUCUGUGAAAAAUGAUACUAGUAUUUUAAGGUAUUUCAAUACACCAAGUAGAUUGUAUUAAUUCCCACAUCUUUUCCAAGAUUAUAUAUGCUUAUACAUGGAACAAGAGAUGAAUUCUGGUUAAGGAAGUCUGCAAUGAAAUUCAAUUCAAUAGUUGUAUAUUUAAGUCUUUGCAAGUUGGCCAAAAACAGCGAUCCUAAAAACUAGUCUACCUCACUUAGUUAUAACAGCAGAGACUUUCUGUGCAUACACUGUUGUUCUCGCUCAGAAUUUCAACAUGUCUAUUGAAAUACCAUGGAUUGUGAUAUAGAAUAAGUCAAGUAUUUUGAUGUUUGUGAGGUGGUUUACAAAAAACCAUCUCUGAUUUAUAUGUUACAAGAAACCAUCUCCGAUUUAUAUGUUACAAGAAACCACUUCUGAUUUAUAUGUUACAAGAAACCACUUCUGAUUUAUAUGUUACAAGAAACCACUUCUGAUUUAUAUGUUAUAAGAAACCACCUCUGAUUUAUAUAUUACAAGAAACCACUUCUGAUUUAUAUGUUACAAGAAACCACUUCCGAUUUAUAUGUUACAAGAAACCACCUCCGAUUUAUAUGUUACAAGAAACCACCUCCGAUUUAUAUGUUACAAGAAACCACUUCUGAUUUAUAUAUUACAAGAAACCACUUCUGAUUUAUAGGUUACAAGAAACCACUUCUGAUUUAUAGGUUACAAGAAACCACUUCUGAUUUAUAUAUUACAAGAAACCACUUCUGAUUUAUAGGUUACAAGAAACCACUUCUGAUUUAUAGGUUACAAGAAACCACUUCUGAUUUAUAGGUUACAAGAAACCACUUCUGAUUUAUAUGUUACAAGAAACCACCUCUGAUGAACAUCUGGUUAUGACUAUGUCGUAUGAAGUUGUAAAUUAGAUAUUUAAAAAUUGAUGGAUAUAAUGAAUUACAGGAUGUAACGUAGCCAUUUUGACUCUUCAUGGAUGGCUGCUAUAUCUAUGUUGUACUGUAAAGGCUUGUCAUGUCUGUGCUAUAAUUAUAUGUAUGUGCAUUAAUCACAAAUCCCAUCAAUACACAUUGAACAAAUCCCAUCAGUACACAUUGAACAAUCCCAUCAGUACACAUUGAACAAAUCCCAUCAGUACACGGACAAAUCCCAUCAGUACAUGGACAAAUCCAUCAGUACAUGUUGAACAAAUCCCAUCAGUACACAUUGAACAGAUCCCACAGUACAUGUUGAACAAUCCCAUCAGUACAUGUUGAACAAUCCCAUCAGUACUCAGACAAAUCCCAUCAGUACACAGACAAAUCCAUCAGUACAUGUUGAACAAAUCCCAUCAGUACACAUUGAACAGAUCCCAUCAGUACAUGUUGAACAAUCCCAUCAGUACAUGUUGAACAAUCCCAUCAGUACACAUGAACAAAUCCCAUCUGUACACGGACAAAUCCCAUCAGUACAUGUUGAACAAUCCCAUCAGUACUUAGACAAAUCCCAUCAGUACACAUGAACAAAUCCCAUCAGUACACGGACAAAUCCCAUCAGUACAUGUUGAACAAAUCCCAUCAGUACACAUGAACAAAUCCCAUCAGUACACAUUGAACAAUCCCAUCAGUACACAUUGAACAAAUCCCAUCAGUACACAUGAACAAAUCCCAUCAGUACUCAGACAAAUCCCAUCAGUACACAGACAAAUCCAUCAGUACACAGACAAUCCCAUCAGUAGACAUUGAACAAAUCCCAUCAGUACACGGACAAAUCCCAUCAGUACAUGUUGAGCUGUUACAUGGAGUACAUUGUUGUACCUGCAAAUGACUCAUAUUUUUUUUAUUAUUCGUUUCGGUUGAAAACCAAGAAGAAUUUUAUCUGUGAUAUUUCAAAAGAUGACAGUGUCUGUAUAUAUACACUGCAUAUAUUACAUGUACUACUUUACUGUUUAACAAUGAUUUUUUGUGUGACGUGACUGAUUCUAUGAAGAUAAAUUGUCCACAUAUUUUGCAAUGAAAUUGCUUACAAACAAAAGUAUAGAAUGUUUUAUUUACUUAUUAUCAAAGUUAUAUUUAUACAAAGGGCAUUUUAAUGAUUAUUUUUGUUAAUGUAAACAAAUUCUGUCCAUUGAUUUAUUGAUAGGAAUGUAUUGAUCAUGAGCUAUUUCACAUUUAGUAGUGUGUUAUGUGGCCGCCAAUCUUUACAUUGUUAUAAUGCCAGUAAGUAAUUUUAUAAACCAUAUGUUAAAACUACUCAUGUGUAAUUAUAUUUUCAUCUUGUACAUGAACUGGACCCACAUGUUCUCAUAAGUAUCCAAGAAGUGUCUCUAAUGCUUUAAGCUGUAAUAGAUCUAAAUAUAAAGUUUUUCAUUAUUUAUAUCCAGCUUUUAUUUCUACCAGUUCUCAGAUCUGAAUGUUUACUUUUACCACAAUACAAACCUCUGGAUCUGAAUUUUUAUAUUGCUAUAUACCCAGAGAUUUAGGAUUUAAAGUUUUGUAGGGUUUUUUGUGUAUAGGAUGGUUAUGGGCAUUUUCUAGUUUCACUUUUGAGUUAGUGCCAGGAAGCAGAGUGUACAUUUUUUUACAUGGUUCUUACAAUUUGGUGCAGCAGCAGCAGCCUCUUUGUUUGUUUGUUUGUUUGUUCAAUGUUAUUACACCUGAAAGUUGGAAUGUUGUCUUGCAAAAGAAACUUGAAAAAUAAAUCUUAAAGUAACCACAUCAGGAAAAACCAAAGUACUGUACUUAAGCCUGAUUGGAAUAUUUAAAGACGGGUACAGUUAGAUUUAUAUGCAUGUAUAGUAUAUUUGUGCAAAUAUUAUUUUCAUUCUUUUCAAAGGCCUUGGCCAAAAGGUUGUUUCGGUGUUUUUUGUGUUGCCAUGGUUAUUAGAGUUUUUAAAUCUGUCCAUGUUCAGUUCUCACUGCGUGCUCUCUAAUCUGCCUUGACUUUAAACAAAAUUGAGGUUAUAAAGAUACCUUCUCUGUAUGUGUAUACGGUUUUAUUGACUGAAUGCAGCUGUUGGAAAUCCAUGUAGAGUGAAACACGCUUAAAAUGAAGUGUUGGGGACUUAAGACUCCACCUUGCUAUAAAUGUAGUAUGCUAUGUGUGUGUUUGAGACAACCAAUUCAUCAUUUCAGAAAAAAAUUAUUUUGAUUAAUAUCUAUGACAGCGGAAAAAGUUGUCUGAGCAAUGUUGAUUUAUUUUCAUACAUUAAAUGAAUCCAAAGCAUUAUUAUAAUCAAAAUUAAUUUCUUACAAAAGUGAGCACAUUUUUUUAGCGUUUGAGUCUCUUUACUUGUUUUAUUGGUUUGUUUGUCAGUUAAUUAAAACAAACAGUUAUGUCAAGGACACCUUCCAUAUUUUAAAAGAAUGCUAACUUCUGAACAGUGAUGUGUCUUGUGUGCUGUACGUACAACGAUUUCAAUUUCUAACAGAUAUCUUCACCACACGACACACAGGUUUCCUCCUUAUUCAUAACCCCAUCAUUUGGAACACCAUCAACAUAUUUUAUAAGAAUAGUGCUUAUGGAAAUGGGUGAAUUGUUACGAUUGUACAGCAUCAACAAUAUUGCCAUCAUCCAAACAUUGAACGACGAUCACAAACGAUAAAAUCAUCGACCUUUACAUUCUCAGUUCUGAAAAGGUCUAACAAAGGGGUAUGACGGUUGCAAUUGUCUUCGCUUUGACUCUUUGUUGUCUUUGCUUUGACUCUUUGUUGUCUUCGCUUUGACUCUUUGUUGUCUUCGCUUUGGCACUUUGUUGUCUUCGCUUUGACUCUUUGUUGUCUUUGCUUUGACACUUUGUUGUCUUUGCUUUGACUCUUUGUUGUCUUCCCUUUGACACUUUGUUGUCUUUGCUUUGACACUUUGUUGUCUUUGCUUUUGACUCUUUGUUGUCUUCGCUUUAACUCUUUGUUGUCUUCAGUAUCUUCAUUUACAUUAACUGAUUCACCAUUGAUGGACCAACAAACAAUACCAUGGUGAUGAUGGAAUCACGAGUCUCUCCAUAUUCGAUUUGAAAUCUUGGAUGCCUGUUCUGCAAAGUCUUCCGAUUUCGAUAAUACUAAUGGUCCACAUAAAUUUCAUGUUCAGCACAUUUUUCUGGGAAUCAUUUCAAUCUUGCAUAUAGGUCCUAGAUGCUUUUUCUUGCUGAUGAUAUGCAUGAAGAUCAUUUUUCAAAUAAUGUAAUUUUUUUAAUAGAUAGUGCUUAAAGAAUGAGUUAAAAUUAUUAUAUCACUUGCAGUGUCUUAUUUUGUUUUGAAGGGAUUUCACUUUCCAUUUUCUUUAGAGGGCAAGCAUGUUUUACAGUGAAAAUGACACGGCACAACUGCUUUUAAUUUAUAUGUGCACUUUGAGGAUUUCUUGUUUUUACUGUUCGAUUUGAUGUCUAGUAAGACCGUUAAGCAGUUGUUUUAUUCUCAAGUGGAUAUUGAAAUAUCAAGCUGUUACUAAUGUGUACAAUUGAGUUUGUGACUCAAUACAAAUUGAAAAAACAAGUUAUUCUUUUGUCAUUUGUUCAAGUUUCUACAUGUCUUUCAUCUUUUCUUUAAAAACAUAUAUUUGUAUAUGCCUUCUGUAAUAUUAAGGAAAUACACAUAUAAUAAAAGAAAAAGAUUUA